AUGGUCUGGCAGCAGCAGCAGCAGCAGCAGCAGCAGCUCCAGCAGCAGCAGCCACCGAGCAGCUGCAGCAGCGCCCCCACAGACCCUACCCAAGCCGGGGGCCCCCCAUCUGAAAGCCCCCCAGCUGGGGGCCCCCCCCCUGGGGGCCCCCCAGGUGGGGGGCCCCCAGAGGGGGGCCCCCCAGGUGGGGGGCCCCCAAGGGGGGGCCCCCCCUUUGGGGGCCCCUCGCUGGCGGACUCGGUGGAGGCCCUGUGGGCCCUUGAGCAGGGCCCAGCAUCUCUGAAGGAGGAGCUGUUCGGCUCUCCCGACCCCAGCAGCAGCAGCAGCAGCCGCAGCAGCAGCAGCAGCAGCAGCAGCAGCAGCAGCAGCAGCAGCAGCAGCAGCAGCAGCAGCAGCAGCAGCCAGGUGUGA